AUGGCGAACGUGCUGGGACUCGUCUUUGCAUCGUUAUUUGUCUCCUCGAGCUUUGCAAUCGACUUGCAACAAGGACUCGGCAACUCUUCACAGGUCACAUCGGGGGCGUCAUGGGACACCUCGUCGGUCUACAGCUUAUCGAGCUCCCUAAUACCAAAGGAAGAAUGCCCACCGUGCUUCAACUGUCUACUUCCGAGGUUCAAAUGUGGAAAUUAUGGCGUCUGCAACGAGUAUGAUGGCCAAUGUCGCUGCCCCGAAGGAUGGAGUGGAAACGACUGCCUUACCCCGCAAUGUGGAUCCCUUGCAGAUGGAUCUAAGCGACGCCCGCGACCUCCGAAUAAGGAGUGCGAGUGCGACGAGGGCUGGGGAGGUAUCAACUGCAAUGUCUGUCAAACGGACGAUGCAUGCUCAAAUUUCCCGAUCGCGGGUAUGGAGCACCUCAUGCAAGCAACCGACCAGUCAGACGCGCCAGUCAAGAACAUGACGUGCUAUAAAGGAGGUGUCAACGUGCGCAACCAGCAUCAGAUGUGCAACGUGACCAACAAGAACAUUGUCGAUGCCUUGCCUGGGCGCCCACCGCAGGUCACAUUUAGUUGCAAUGCCGCCAAUGAGACGUGCGCCUUUCAGUUCUGGAUCGGCAAAGUGGAGUCGUUUUACUGCGGACUCGAGAAGUGCACGUCAGAUAUUGAGUACGGCUACAACAAGAACACUACAUUUGCAAAUUGCGAGAAGAUCAAGUGUAGCUGCAUUCCUGGCCGAAUGCUCUGUGGAGAGGCCGGGAGCGUUAAUAUUGACGACUUUUUGGACCAAGAGAUUAAAGGUCCUGCGAAAUUCAGUUGCAAGAGCGAAUCCAAUGGGUCCAACGGGUCCAAGGGAUCCAGCUGCAGGUUUGAAGAGCCAGCCAUGAAUGAGCUCAUCAACGACGUCUUUGGAGAUCAGUACAUCACCCUCGACUGCUUUGGAGGUGAAUGUCUGCAUUACACGCAAGUUCCAGGCUACGUCGCCCCUCCCAAGCCCGAUUACACGAUCUGGGUCGCACUUUCCUGUGCAGGAGCCGCAGCGGUAUUCUUAUGUGCUGUCGGAUUGUUCUGGUAUGCUGGUAGGACCAACAUCAGCGAAGGGUUCUCUGGUAUUCGUUUGCCAGAGGAAGAGGCAGCACGCUUGAUGACCGAGCACGUGCCUGCUCAGCUCCACUUCUCUGACAUCUCUUAUACCAUCCCGAGUGGCAAGACGGUUCUUUCUGGAGUGUCCGGCACUGUCAAGUCUGGUCAAAUCAUGGCGAUCAUGGGCCCUUCUGGAGCCGGAAAGUCGACUCUUCUCGAUAUUCUCGCUAGACGGCUUAAGCGGGGUACCGUCCAAGGUAACACCCUUGUCAACGGACGAAAUGUCAACGAUUCAGAGUUCAAGAAGGUGGUCGGCUUCGUGGAUCAAGAAGAUUUACUCAUGAGCACGCUGACUGUCUAUGAAACGGUCCUUUACUCCGCUCUCCUUCGUCUUCCUCGGGAGAUGAGCCUGGAGGCGAAGAAGUUCAGGACGUUGGAGACCAUGCACGAACUCGGUAUUCUUGGUAUCAAGGACUCGAGGAUUGGAGAUUCAGGUAAACGAUCCAUCUCAGGUGGUGAGAAGCGUCGAGUGUCAAUCGCUUGCGAACUGGUUACUAGCCCGUCUAUUCUCUUCCUUGACGAGCCUACCUCCGGCUUGGAUGCAUACAAUGCAUAUAAUGUCGUCGAGAGUUUGGUUACUCUAGCUCGCGACUACAACCGAACCGUCGUUUUCACGAUUCACCAGCCUCGCAGCAACAUUGUCGCCCUGUUUGACCAAUUGGUGCUCCUUGCCAAGGGUCAGGUCAUCUACUCUGGGCCGUUUGCCAAAUGCCAGUCGUACUUCCAGAGCAUUGGCUUCGCAUGUCCACCUGGGUUUAACAUUGCGGACUAUCUGAUUGAUCUCACUAUGACCGCGUCCUCGGAGGUUUUAGGUUCUGAAAGUGCUACAAGACCCGCUAGUAGCAAUCAUUCUACACACGAAGUACCAACGGGUGAUCAAGAGCAUGCCAUUCGCCACUCCGAUAAUCACCUUGUAGUACCUGGCAGCACGAGCUCUCCGAGCAGUGCGGAUCAGGACGAUGUCGAACUACGGGCGCGUCGUAAGACGCUGCUCGCUCAAAGCGCCGAUUUUUUCAAGCGGGCAUUUGGAGAGACGGCAAACGGAUCAUCAACCGCGGCACAAAAGGCACCUCAGGAAGUUCAUCUGGAGACAUUAGUCAAGGCAUAUGCCGAGAGCGACGUCUCCAAAGGUGUUCGACAGGAGAUUGAUGCUCUCAAGACUUCGAAUACUGUCGACUCUGCUGAUCAGACGCGCGAUGUUGCCGAAGAAAGCAAUAUGCUCCGAGGCCGGCGACGCGCAAGCUGGCUCACGCAGUUCCGCAUCCUUAGCGGUCGAGCAUUCAAGAACCUCUAUCGCAACCCGCUCUUGCUGACAGCACACUAUGCGGCUGCUAUCGCUAUUGCAUUGAUUUGUGGCCUGCUCAUCCAUCAUGUGCACAACGACAUCUCUGGUUUCCAGAACCGACUCGGCUUCUUCUUCUUUACUCUGGCGCUCUUUGGGUUCUCGUGUCUCUCCAGCAUCACGCUUUUCGCCAAUGAGAGAAUUCUGUUUAUGCGUGAGAGAGCGAACGGCUACUACUCUUCGGGAACCUACUUUACCUCCAAGGUUCUUUUCGAUGUGGUUCCGCUUCGGGUUGUCCCAGCACUGGUGUAUGGAAGUAUUGUCUAUGGUCUCGUCGGUCUUGUUCCAACGCUCGCUGGCUUCUGGAAGUUCCUCCUGGCACUCGUCCUCUUCAACCUCACGGCUGCCAGUGUCAUUCUUUUCGUGUCGAUUGCAAUCGCCGAGACUGCUGUCGCUGGCCUCGUCGGCACUUUGAUCAUGCUGCAGAACCUCCUCUUUGCAGGCCUGCUGGUGAAUCGAGAUACAAUUUCACCAUGGCUCGAUUGGUUGCACGUUCUCUCAUUCUUCCACGCAGCAUACGAGGCGAUGGCCGUCAACGAGCUCCGCUAUCUGCAGCUCAAAGAGGUUAAAUUUGGCGUCGAACUUGAUGUGGCUGCUGCUGCAAUUCUCUCAACGUUUGGUUUCCGAGCCUCUGCAUACUGGUGGCCUGACAUCGCUACGCUAGCAAUCAUGUGCACGGUCUUCUUAAUAGUGAGCUGGAUCUGGCUUCAUUUCUUCGUAAAGGAGAAGCGGUGA